AUGAGAACAAUCUCGCCGAUUAGGAGGUGUGCUCUCAAGAUCGAGGAAGGAGAUCGGAGUCCCGAUCAUUAUAGAGCAUGCGGUUCUCUUAAAUCCACUGGAGAUAAACAAAAUCAAAAGCCGAGAACUGGUAAAACACGCAAUCCAGGAAGGCUAGGUGCCGGGAAUUGGUGCAGGAUCACGUAUUCCAGGAAGGCCUUAAGAAAACUAUGUUCAGGAUGUCAGAAAAACCAGUGUAGGUUGAGUCUGGCUGAUUAUGAACGUGUUUGGGUGAGCGUACAAAAUGGUUGGAAACCUCCUUCUACAACCGUGUCAGGUGUUGUCAAUCUAACUGAUAUUUCACUUUGGACUAAGGAAGAAUUAGCUGAUUGCAAUUGGAAUAGCAAAGGGCUUCAUGCCUUGUUUAUGUCCGUAUCUCCCGAAGAAUUUAAGAGAGUAUCAAUGUGUGAAACUGCUAAAGAGGAUAAGGAUGAUGAAUCUUUUGAUGAAUUCUAUGCCAAAUUGAAUGCCAUUGUUAACUCUAGUUUCAACCUAGGUGAGGGGAUUUCCGAGCCCAAAAUUGUGAGAAAGGUUCUUAGAUCCUUGCCCGAGAGAUUUAGACCUAAAGUUACAGCUAUUGAAGAAAGCAAGGAUCUGGAUACAAUUAAGAUAGAAGAACUCGUAGGAUCUUUUCAAACCUAUGAACUCACCAUUUCACAACCAAGGAAAAAUAAGUCCAUAGCCCUGAACAUUGUUUGGGAAGGGGAGUCUGAGUCAUCUGACAUGGAAACUCUUAGAGAUGAGGAGAUUGCCUACUUUGGAAGUAGGAAGGCAUUAACUGUGUCCUUGACUGAUGAUGAUUCUAAUUUAAGUGAACAAAGUGAUUCCUCAAGCAGUGAGGAGGAAAAGGGCUAUAUGGCUUCUGUAUCUACUGUCAAGAGCGAGUCAGACAAGAAGAGUGAGAAGAUUGAGGAAGAAGUGGAGAGUAACAAGUUCGGUGAUGAUUCGGAGGAUGAGACGGAUAUACAUGAGGCUUAUCAACUUCUGUUUAAGGAAAGUCUCAAGAUCAAAAAGGUAAAUAAAGCCCUAUUUAAGAAGGUAGACGAGCUUGAGAGAGAGAAUGAGAAAAUCACCUAUGAUCUUCAAGUCUCAUCUAAGAAUCUCAGUGAGUUGAAGUAUGUCAAUGAGAAAUUAGAGGACACGGUCAAGACAUUGACCUGUGAAUUAGAGAAAUCCAACACUCAACUACAAUCAUUUGUGAGUGGAACUAAGAAACUAGACGAUCUGUUAGGAAUGAACAAACCAACUGGAAAUAGGCAAGGUCUAAGAUUUGUGAAGAGUGAUAGCAAUGUGUCUAGUUUAUCAAAGACCACAUUUGUCCCCGCUUCCAACAGAUCUAAUGUUUCAACAAAUCCAGAAUCCAAAGACAAAAAUUUUAAUGGACUGAGGGCACUAGAGCUCAUAAGAUUUCUACACCUAAUUUUCAUAAUCAACACUCACGUACAUCUGAACCUAGGUUCAUACCCACUUGUCAUCACUAUGGUUAGCCACUUAACUGAGAUGGUAACAAGGUUGACUGGGAUCACCUUAACCUCGAGAAAAGUUUGGGUAAAGAAAUCUGAUGUGGGUGAGUAUACUGAGAGUCUAAAAUGUUUUGUUGCUCAUGUUGCAUAUAAGACACGUGUGGUAAACAAGGCCUUAUUCUCUACCUUUGAUGACUGCAACGGCAGUGUAGUUACCUUUGGAGACGGAGCUACGGCACCCAUCCAAGGUAAAGGCUCCAUCACCAUUGCUGGACUUCCUCCAAUAUUCAAUGUACUUUAUGUAGAGGGUCUUAAGUCCAACUUAUUGAGCAUUAGUCAAAUCUGUGAUGCUGACUAUGAAGUGAGUUUUGUCCAAAAGAGAUGCACUGUUUAUGAUGCUUCUGGUGGUGUUGUUCUUGAAGGUGUUAGAACAUCUGACAACUGUUAUGGAGUUUUUCCAAACUCGAACUAUGUAUGCAGUAGUGCUAAAAUUGAUAUGUCUGAACUUUGGCAUCAAAGACUCGAUCAUGUUAACUACAGAAGUCUGUCAAAAUUGGUCAAAAAGAAGAUUGUCGAUGGUUUACCUAAAAUUGAUCAAAGUGAGAAUGCUGUGUGCAAGCCGUGUCAACAAGGAAAGCAAUUCAGGAUAAACCAUAAGCGAACCUCAAAAAUCUUGACGAAUAGAGCCCUAGAGCUUCUCCAUAUGGAUUUAAUGGGACCAUCUAGGAUUGAUCUGUUAAGAGAAAAAUCUGGGACGGGUGAUCUGGUUAAGUCCUUAUGUAAAAGACUCAAAGUUGAACAAAAUCUUCCUAUUUCUAGGGUUCGAAGUGAUCAUGGAAAAGAAUUUGAAAACUUCAAUCUAGAAAACUUCUGCUUGGAGGAGGGGAUUAAGCAUGAGUUCUUCUCACCAAUCACUCCACAGCAAAAUGAAGUUGUUGAGAGGAAGAAUAGAGUGCUUCAAGAAAUGGCUAGGGCCAUGCUUCACGGCAAGGAUCUAGCAAUGCAUUUCUGGGGUGAAGCUAUUAACACCGCGUGCCACAUAAUAAAUAGGAUAUACUUGAGACCGAAAUCAGACAAGACUCCCUAUGAGAUCCGGAAAGGCAAGAAGCCUAUUGUUAAUACUUUCGGGUGUUUGGCAGCAAAUAGUGUCUUGCAAUCUGUAAAUAUUGUUAUUGAUGAUGCCUUUACCGAGGAUGAGAGUGCUGAAAAUGGGGUUGACAUAGAAGAUCUAAGUGAAGAUCGAGGAGCCACUGCUAAAAAUAAAGAGCACUCAAUCCCAAAAUCUCCAUGGUCCUUAGAAAACAUAUCUGAGCAGGGUCUACCAAAUUGGGAUCAGUCUAAGCUUCCCAGAGAACCAUCUUCUAAGGUCAAAUAUAAUCAUCCUAAGGUUAACAUCAUUGGGGAUUUGGAUGAAGGAAUGAGGUUACGAAAGAGAGUUCUAAAUAACCUAACAUAUACUAGCUAUAUAUCCCAGAUUAAACCUAAGAAAGUAGAGGAAGCCCUUAGAGAUGAAUGUUGGGUGAAUGCCAUGCAUGAGGAGCUUAAUCAAUUCGUUCGAAAUAAUGUCUGGAAUCUAGUUCCUAGGCCUGAUGACUCUAAUAUGAUAGGUACUAAGUGGAUUUUCAAGAACAAAAUCGAUAACCAAUGUACUAUAACUAGAAAUAAGGCUAGACUAGUUGUCCAGGGAUACACUCAGGUGGAAGGGGUAGAUUUUGAUGAGACUUUUGCCCCAGUUGCUCGUCUUGAGUCCAUUCGUAUUCUUCUUGUGGUUGCAUGUACCUUAGGGUUCAAGCUAUAUCAAAUGGAUGUCAAUAGUACAUUCUUGAAUGGAAUACUCCAAGAAGAGGCACUCACCACUUACUUCGUUGAGCAUGGGUUCUCACAAGGUGGUGCUGACAGAACCUUAUUCAUUAGACUUAUUGAAGAAACUAUCACUGUAGCUCAAAUCUAUGUCGAUGACAUCAUCUUUGGUUCUCCCAUUGACUCUUUUGCUAUUGAAUUUGCUGAAUGCAUGAAACAAGAAUUUGAAAUGAGCAUGGUUGGAGAGCUAAGUUACUUCCUUGGUCUUCAAGUAAAGCAAACUGAUUGUGGGCUGUUUAUCUCUUAA